AUGGCUUCAUACGACCCCUAUGACGCACCUCCCAGGGAGCGCACAACCAAGCGCUACUACCGGGAGGAGCGCCGCGAGGAACGCGAUCCUCGAUACUACGAGUCGCGCGAGACGCUCCAUGUCCAGCCGUCGCGCGAUCUUGUUCCCAGAGCCCGUGAGGAUAGCGACCUCUCGGUUGAGGAGAUCCGCCGCGACUUUCCGCCGCCGGGCUACUCGAGCAGAGAUCUCCGCCGCGCCCGGUCAGCCGAACCCGGAUACUACGAUGAGUACGACGACCGCCGCUCUUACUAUAGCAGGGACCGGAAUUAUGAUGACCUCGACCGCAAGUCUCGCAAGAAGACCGAUGUCGUCUACGAGGAAGAGCGCAAGAAGGCCCGCGUCCUCUCUAAGCAGGAGCAGAUCAUCGCCGCCGUGACUGGAGCUGCCCUCGCCAUUGGUGGGAAGGAACUCUACGACCGCCGCGACGCCAAUCAGCACGGCACCGAGGUCCAGCGGAACAUUUUGGCUUCGGCAGCCCUCGGCGCCGCCGGCGCCCUUGCCGGAUACCAAGGAACCGAGUUCUACAACAAGCACAAGGAGAAGGAGGAGAGGAAGGCCCUCGCCCACCGAUCCGGCUACUACUCGGACGACGAGGAGAGCGCCAAAGAAAAGAAGGGCCACAAGAACUUCUUGGAGAGUGCACUUGCCGCCGCCGGUCUAGGAGGUGCCGUCAAGGCUCUAACAGGCAAAGACGACAAAUCGGACACUAGGAGCCGCCGCGGCAGCCGUUCCCGUUCCAGAUCCCGUUCCACCUCACGCUCUCGAGGCAGGGACAAGAGCAGAGACGGCAAGAGCGAAGGAGCCAGUAAAGUCCAGAAGGCCGCCAUGGCCUCGCUCAUUGCCGGUGCCACGGAGGCAUUCCGUAUCUCGAAGCAGCCAGGCUCGUGGAAGGGUGAGAAGGCUAAGCGCAUUCUCACCGCCGCCGCCGGCGCUGCCACCCUUGAUGCGGCUCAGGACACCGAAAAGGCUGGCAGCAAGCUUGGCCUGACCGAGGCUGUUGUCGGUGGUCUGCUUGGUAACCGUGUCAUCAACGGUUCCAAGAAGAACAUUGAAAUGGACGAGAAGACCGGCCGCUCCCGGUCUCGUUCUCGUGCUCGCUCAAAGGAUGGGAGCGGUGGAGGCGGCGGCGUGAGCGGACUUGCCGCUCUUGCCACCGCUGGCCUGGGCGCUUUUGGCGCAAAGAAGAUCAUGGACAACCGCGAGCGGUCUAGAUCCCGGCGCCGGAGCGUAGACUCCCGUGACGACUCCCCCGACCGCCGCCACCGCAGCCGCAGCCGAAGCGUGGUGGACUCUGCCCGCCGUCGUCUGGCCAGGGUGGGCAUCGGCAACGGCCCUGAUGAUGAUGACCGAGAUCGCCGUGACCGCAGCCGCAGCCGCGACCGGAGACGCGAUCAGGACGAUUAUGAAGAUACCGGUCGUUCCCGCCGACACCGUGACAGCUACGACGACUAUGAUAGGGACCGACGGAGGCAUUCCUACGACGAUGACCGCUCGCACCGCGGUGGAGGACACGACCGCCCCCGUCACAGACGCGGUUCGGUGUCGUCGGAUGACUUGGGCGAUUCGGACGAUGACAGGAAGCGAGGCAAGAAACUAAGAGGCAAGAUAAGUGAGGAACAGGCCGAAAAGCUCAAAAACAAGGCCAUCCUCCAGGACGCCGCUGCCGUCGGUAUCGCGGCGCUUGGGAUCAAGGGCGCCAUCUCGGAGGUGAAGGAAGCAAACGAGCUGAGGCACGAGAUGCAUCAAUGGAAGCUCGAGAAGCAAGAGAGACACCAACGGCGCGUUGAGCGACAAAGACGCUUGGCAAACGGUGGUCUCGUUGAUCACGGUGGUGGUACCGGCCAGCUCGUCAGACGCAGGGCUGACUCUUGGGAUUCGGUAGCUCCACCAGGGGCCAGCCGCUACGACGAUGGGCCCCGUUAUGUUGAUGGGAAUCCGUACGGCGCCAUGCCUCCCGGCCCGUCCGACAGGAGGUAG